AAACUCAUACAUAAAAUGAUAGCAAUUAAAUUUUCUUGUGCUUUCCUUAUUAUCGCCACUUUGGCAUUGGUCACUGUAGUCGAUGCCUUUGAUUCCAAGAAAGUACGUGACCUUGUUAACGAAGCACGUAGAAAUGCAAAAGUUGGAACUCUUGAAAUUACUUUAGACGGUCGAUUGAUGCAAGCUGCUCAAAGUCAAGCCGAUUAUAUGGCUAGUAUCAAAAAAAUGACUCACGAUAACCCUGCCGGUGAUUUUGAGAAACGUAUUCGAGAUGCAGGGUACAAUCCUAGUAUGAGUGCUGAAAAUGUCGCUUUUGGACCGGGGAAGCGGAUGUGGAUGAAUUCCCCCGGACAUCGACAAAAUAUUCUUAAUCCAGAUUACACUAAUAUGGGAGUCGCAUUUGGUGGUGAUAAAUAUUGGUCUCAAGUAUUUGCUAGACCCGCAUAA